CCAGUGACGACAAUGUUCGUCCAAUUCCAUUCCAACAACGCGCGGCACAAAGCCCCCAGAAGGCCUUCGGAAUCCACCACACACGGCACUCUUUCACGGAGCAGCGAUCACGACUUCACGACAUCACGAACUUCACGCGCCCGAGGACAUCGAGAGCUUUGCGUUUGCUUGUCUGGUCUGCGCUGCAUCAUCGUCACCAUCGCUGCCUCGAAAGCGGACCGAUCGGACACAGCAGCAGUCCCAGUUGAUUAUCCUCCGCCUCAGAGCGCCGUCCAGGUCGACCACAUCGCCACUCGUCUGAACAGUAACCUUCAAAUUCAAGAUGGCGAACCAGACUCCUGCCGUUGUCAUGGACAACGGUACCGGUUACUCCAAACUCGGGUUCGCAGGUAACGAUUCACCAUCAUUCGUCUUCCCGACCGCCAUCGCGACCAAGGGACCAUCGCCAGGCAGCGCAGGCGCGGGCUCGGGGCGUCCGGCGGUCGCCAGCAAACCUUCCUUCUUGACUGGCGGCGCUGGUAACUUGUCAGCGAAGAGAGGGACAGAGGACUUGGAUUUCUUCAUCGGUGACGAGGCGCUGGCGGCUUCAGCAGGACCUGGGUAUGGUCUGCACUACCCGAUCCGACAUGGACAAAUAGAGAACUGGGACCACAUGGAGCGCUUCUGGUCAAACAGCAUCUUCAAAUACCUCCGAGUCGAGCCUGAAGACCACUACUUUCUCCUCACCGAACCUCCGCUCAACCCGCCGGAGAACCGUGAGAACACCGCCGAGAUCAUGUUUGAAUCGUUCAACUGCGCAGGUCUCUACAUUGCCGUCCAAGCCGUCCUCGCUUUGGCCGCGUCGUGGACGUCAUCCAAAGUACAAGACCGCUCUCUCACCGGCACGGUCAUCGACUCCGGUGAAGGUGUCACUCACGUCAUUCCCGUCGCCGAGGGAUACGUCAUCGGCAGCAGCAUCAAAAGCAUCCCGAUUGCCGGUCGAGACAUCACAUACUUCGUACAGUCACUACUCCGGGAGCGUGGCGAGCCCGACUCAUCACUGAAGACCGCCGNNNNGAUCAAGGAGGAAUUCUGCUACGUCUGCCCGGAUAUCGUCAAGGAGUUCGCCCGCUAUGACCGCGAGCCUGCCGAGCAGUACAAGAUCUACGACGCCCGCCUGCCCACCGGCAAGACCGUCCGCGUCGACGUCGGUCCCGAGCGUUUCCUCGCCCCCGAGAUCUUCUUCAACCCCGAAAUCUACUCGUCCGACUUCCUCACGCCCCUGCCCAACAUCGUCGACACCGUCAUCCAAUCCUCGCCCAUCGACGUGCGACGCGGCCUCUACAAGAACAUCGUCCUCUCCGGCGGGUCGACGCUCUACCAGCACUUCGGCCGCCGCCUGCAGCGCGACAUCCGCCACCUCGUCGACGCCCGCAUCGCCGCCAGCGAGGUCAAAGCCGGCAACGCGGCCAAAUCCGGCGGCCUCGACGUCCAGGUCAUCACGCACAAACGCCAACGGCACGGCCCGUGGUUCGGAGGCAGUCUCCUCGGUCAGACCCCCGAGUUCAGGAGUUACUGCCACACCAAGGCGGAGUAUGACGAGUUUGGACCGAGCAUCGUGCGGAGAUUCGCGCUGCUCGGCGGACCCGGCAGCACCUGAGCGCUGUUCGGGAAACGGCACUUGGAGGGGUAAGGCAUUUAUGAGUGAGAGAUGGCAACGUAGGAGGGACAGCCUCGCAUCCGUCGAGGGGAGACGCCACGGAGGGACGACAAAACUCUUCCAAAAAUAGAAUUUUAUGCAAAGCCAUGACAUGAUCGCGAAUUCCCCUCCCAUAUUAGCCCCU